AUGGAUUGCCGCGGAGACUUCAACCAUGUUGGUCGCAAUGGCGGCCCAGCUGAAGUUGACCUUCAGGUCGUAGUUGCUGAAAACUGUGACUGGGCCAGUCGGUAAUCUUGGCGGUCCUGCUCACAUGUAAACAAACCUAUUCGAAAAAAAUGUUUUUUCAUACCUCCACAGUCCAUCCCGAUUCGACAAUGAUGAUACCGCCUUGCAGCAUAUGGAUUGCCGCGGAGACUUCAACGAUGUUGGUCGCAAUGGCGGCCCAGCUGAAGUUUACCUUCAGGUCGUAGUUGCUGAAAACUGUGACUGGGCCAGUUCGUAA